AGUAGUAUUUAUAAAUGGCGGUGUCUGUCCCGACAUUGUGGCGGUGCCUGUCACGACAGUGUGGUAGAGUCUGUCCCGACAUUGGGAGAAGACACCUCCCCUCAGCGAGGCAGAACACCUCGAUCUUCUUGAAGAGGUAAUUUACUGGCUCGGUCAGGCAGAGGUAAUGGAGGAUCCCUCGCAAACGUUUUGCCCAGGGGCCCACACAACCCAUAAUCCGUCCCUGCCUGUGUCUGCUCCUCGUCCUCCUGUUUCUCCUUCAUUCGCUCCUGGCCCCUUUGUUCCUCCCGUUGCUGUUACCCCUGUGUCUCCCAUUUUGUUACCUCUGUGCCUGUUUGCAUUUCCCGUUGUUAGUCAGCUGCUGUCUGGGUUGUUGCCUUUGUGUCUGUUCUGCGUGUCUGUCUUGUUCCCAUGUUUUGCUUUUGUUUUCUAGGUCCCGGGUCCGUACCUCGCUCCCCUUAGGCGCGCCCGGUGUUCGCGACUUUGGGGGGGUUCUGUCGUCCGAUCCUACCGUGUGCCACGCCUCCUCAUCUACCCCGUGUGGAUUCACCAUGUUUACCGGCUGUUUGCGUUUUUUCAGAUUACUUUAGUUUAGCGUUUCUCAAACUAUGGGCCGCGGACCGGUGCCAGUUUAUGAGAGGGUUCGUGCCGGUCCGCGGAGCCUCGCUUCUCCACCAAUCAAAAUUCAGUCAGAACAGGUCAGGUAUAAUAAUUAGAAUAAUAAUAACAAUAAUAAUAAUACUAUCUAUCUAAAGUAAUAAUAUCCAUCCAUCCAUCCAUCCAUCCAUCCAUCUAUCCAUCCAUCUAUCCAUCCAUCCAUUCAUCCAUCCAUCCCCAGCGGAUGCAUAUAUGCAUGCAUAUAUGCAUCCGCGGGGGUUGGGGGCCGUCGUUUAUACAGGGCCCUGCAACCCCAAAGCCUGACAUGACUGGUCCCCAGGACAAAUAACAUUCACAAACGCUGGUUUAGUGUCUUUAAGUCCACGUCACAGUAGAUGUCCUGAGGUGGUAAUCAACAAAAGAAAAGGAGGAGAUGCAAAGGGUAAACGUGUGAAGAAGUCAAAGAAGGGUGAAGUGAACUAUUUUCCAGAUCCACCUGAAGGACAGAGUAAAGAAAAUGGAGAGGAAAAGCGGAAGAAGAUGGUGGCUGAAAUGCAGAAAAAAGAUCCUGAUCCUCAGCUUGUGGAUGAACUGACAUUCUCACAAUGCAGGCAAGAAAUCAUUGGAGAGCAGCCACUCCCUGCAGAGGUUCUUAGCAGAGGACCAGCUCUCUUUCUUGAGAGACAGGUUAGGGCAGAGUUCAGGAGAGUCGUCAUUACAGACAUUCUUCAAUCUUUUCUUGUUGGACUUGAUGCCCUGGUCCCAAGACUCCUGGAGAUAUACAAAGCAGCAACCAAGUCUGGAAAGAAGCAGGCACUCAAAGACAUUUUGGACUGUCUUGAGAAAAAUGACACCAGUGAGAGGAGAAGCACUGCUGCCUUGGUUGGUCUGCCACACUACAUAUCCCAAGAUCCAUCUGACGUCAUCAGGAUGUGUGAUGCUCAUGGCGAAACACUGGAUCUGGCCAUGAAGGGGAUGCAGGUCGGCCUGCUUAUAGGUUACGAAGGUGCCGAGAAGGACGCUCUUCCAAGGGAGGUCUUUGAUGUGGCAGUUGUGGUCGAGGAGACCAUUGUUGUAAACAACCUCAAGGACGUGCCUUGUAGUUUUGCCAGGCUUAUGGGCACCAUUUACUGCGUGAAUCUAGAGUAUCCACAAGCCAUGAAGUUCUCGUUUGAGUUCCUGCAGAGAGUGGCGAUGAAGAUCCAACCAGACCAAGCCUCUGCCCGAGUACAUGGCUUAAGAAACAAGCUCCUGAGGUACAAAUUGUAGAACAAGUUGGCAUGAAGGACAUUAAGGAUGAGUUAACUUCCUAAUGUUUUGAUUUUCGUUUGCCUUUAGUGAGAUUCUAAGUCUUUGUUGCUGUUCUCAUUUACAUGGGCAUUUUGGCAUUUCUUGGGAAAAAAAUGUGUUUGGUGUAACGUUGAAAAUAAAACUAGAAAGUUUGA